UUAAGGGCCUUUACUUUUGAGGUGACAAGAUGAACGGAAAAUGUUAUUCCUGUGACACCUAUGAAAGUGAAAAACAAAAGAUAGAGAGAGAGAGAGAGAGAGAGAGAGAGAGGGUGGUGCAAAAUCCAGCAGCAGAGUGAGCUGGUAGCAAUAGUUUAAUGGAAUCAUCAAGACUCGUCCUUUGUUCUCCAUUUCCCCAUUAAAUAUAUUUCACUCAAUCACUAGAACCCUAACUACCUCCACUUCACUCUCACUCCACAUACUUCCUUUUUCACAUUUUCACAGCUUCACACCCACCCACCAUCAAAAUUUAAUCCACCAAACAUCAACAAGGGAAAAACAGACUAUACUCCCAGUUGGAUUGCCUUGCUUCUGCUUGCGUUCCACCCAAAUAUACAUGUUCAUCAUUCAUGGCCUGCAUUUGCUUCACGUUUCCUCCUUGUGAAAAAGUGGACUAAAACUAGCAUUUUUGGCUGUUAUUCUUUUCUUGGAUCAAUGUAAAUUAUUCACAUGUAGAAAAUGUGAGUGAAAUUACACAGAGUAAAGGAGCAAGAAAAAUUAUAGCUCAACUUCAAGUUGCAUUUCGGAUCAUUCAUUGCUUAUUUAUUCAUCUGACUGAUUCGAUCUGCAAAGAUUUGUGGAGUUGGGAGAAAUUUGGCCAAAAUGAGGAAGGUGGAGUUGAAUGGUUGUGUUUUGAUCCUAAUUUUAUUAGGAGUUGUGAUGUUUGGGAAAGCAGAGAUAUAUAUUGUAACAAUAGAAGGCGAGCCUGUGAUAAGCUAUAGAGGUGGUGUUAAUGGCUUCGAAGCCACUGCAGUUGAUUCUGAUUCUGAUUCUGAUGAGAAGAUUGAUGUCACCAGUGAAUUGGUCGUAUCAUAUGCCAGCCAUCUAGUAAAGAGGCAUGAUAUGCUUCUCGGCAUGCUGUUUGAUGAAGGAACCUAUAAGAAACUCUAUAGUUACCGUCAUCUUUUAAAUGGAUUUGCAGUUCAUAUUUCACCUGAGCAGGCAGAAAUACUUAGACGAGCGCCUGGAGUAAAGUCUGUGGAGAGAGAUUGGAAAGUGAGGAAACUCACGACCCACACUCCACAGUUUUUGGGUCUUCCAACGGGAGUGUGGCCAACUGGAGGUGGGUUUGACCGAGCUGGAGAGGAUAUUGUGAUCGGCUUUAUUGAUUCAGGAAUAACUCCUCACCAUCCGAGUUUCGCAACACAUAAAACUGAUCCUUACGGGCCGAUUCCGAAGUAUAGAGGUAAAUGCGAGGUGGACCCUGACACAAAGAAAGACUUUUGUAACGGGAAGAUUGUUGGAGCUCAGCAUUUUGCAGAAGCGGCUAAAGUUGCUGGUGCAUUUAAUCCCGAUGUUGAUUUCGAUUCUCCCCUUGAUGGGGAUGGACACGGAAGUCACACAGCAGCUAUUGCCGCUGGUAAUAAUGGGAUUCCGGUUCGGUUGCAUGGAUUUGAAUUUGGAAGAGCAAGUGGGAUGGCACCUCGCGCUAGAAUUGCUGUUUACAAAGCACUAUAUAGAUUAUUCGGUGGAUUUGUUGCCGAUGUAGUUGCUGCCAUCGACCAGGCUGUUCAUGACGGUGUGGAUAUUUUGAACCUUUCGGUGGGCCCUAACAGUCCUCCAGCUGCUACUAAAACCACAUACUUAAACCCUUUCGACGCCACCCUUCUUUCAGCUGUGAAAGCCGGAGUUUUUGUUGUACAAGCAGCUGGCAAUGGGGGUCCUUUCCCCAAAACCUUGCUAUCCUACAGCCCCUGGAUAGCAACUGUAGCUGCUGCAGUCGAUGAUCGAAGAUACAAGAAUCAUUUCACCAUGGGAAAUGGGAAAAUUUUGGCUGGACUUGGUUUGUCUCCUGCUACGCAAUCAAAUAGGACAUUCACCUUGGUUGCAGCUAACGACGUGCUGCUGGAUUCCUCUGCAGCCAAAUAUAGCCCUGCUGACUGCCAGCGCCCCGAAGUCUUAAACAAAAACUUGGUGAAGGGGAACAUUCUUCUGUGUGGUUAUUCUUUCAAUUUCGUUGUUGGCACUGCUUCGAUAAAGAAAGUCUCAGAGACUGCUAAGAGCCUUGGCGCAGUUGGCUUUGUCUUAGCAGUUGAAAAUGCUUCUCCAGGAACAAAAUUUGACCCCGUUCCCGUUGCCAUUCCCGGGAUCCUCAUCACAGACGUUGCCAAGUCAGCGGAUCUCAUAGACUACUAUAAUGUCUCCACAUCUAGAGACUGGACAGGGCGAGUAAAGAGCUUUAAAGCAGUAGGAAGCAUUGGGGAUGGUCUGAGGCCCAUACUGCACAAGUCUGCUCCGCAAGUAGCUCUGUUCUCUGCUCGAGGACCUAAUAUAAAAGACUACAGUUUUCAAGAAGCAGAUCUCUUGAAACCAGAUAUUCUAGCCCCAGGCUCUCUGAUCUGGGCUGCUUGGGCUCAAAACGGAACCGAUGAGUCAAAUUACCUAGGCGAAGGCUUUGCAAUGAUAUCUGGAACUAGCAUGGCUGCUCCUCAUAUAGCAGGAAUAGCUGCUCUUUUGAAGCAGAAGUACCCUCACUGGAGCCCUGCUGCUAUAAAGUCGGCCUUGAUGACCACAUCGACAACCCUUGACCGGGCAGAUAGGCCUCUUCAAGCCCAACAAUAUUCAGGAUCCGAGACCCUAUCCCUCGUCCCUGCCACACCUUUCGAUUAUGGAAGCGGGCAUGUCAAUCCCCGAGCAGCUCUAGAUCCCGGGCUCAUUUUCAAUGCAGGAUAUGAAGACUACUUGGGGUUCAUGUGCACAACCCCAGGGAUCGAUGCUCACGAGAUCAUGAACUACACGCACACCCCCUGCAACUACACCCUCGGCCAUCCAUCAAAUCUGAACACACCCUCAAUCGCAAUCUCACACCUUGUGGGAACUCAGACGGUGACAAGAACCGUGACAAACGUGGCCGAGGAGGAGACGUAUGUUAUAGCAGCAAGAAUGUCCCCAGCAGUGGCAAUUGAGACCAGCCCUCCAGCAAUGACCCUGAGAUCCGGUGCAUCGAGGACUAUAUCCAUCACGCUCUCAGUGAGGUCAGUCACGGGGACCUACAGCUUCGGGCAGGUGUUGCUGAAGGGGAGCCGGGGGCACAAGGUGAGGAUCCCCGUCGUGGCCAUGGGGUAUGACCGAUAGGGCGCUGGUAUGUCGGAUGUUGGGGUGUUUUUCGUCUCUGAAAACAUAUAGAUUCUGUCAUGUAUAGAUAAGUAGUAGAAAGGGGGUAAGGCUUGUAGUCUGGGCCUCUGGUAUAAGUUUUGACAUUAGUGGUAUAUUAAGGUGGAAUGCCAUCCAUCACCAUGUAAGAAUGUGGCCUUGCUUUGGACAAGGGCUUUUGUAGGCAAAACAUAUCCUUUUUCUGCUGUAUUUUUGAGUGGAUCUGUAAUAAUAAUACAACUAUUAAUCGUUUUUUCCAUCA